AUGGGGGAGCCAGGGGAGCCAGCCCCUCCAGCCCCCAAGUUUGCCCUGGGCCUAGUUGAAAGCCGCUCUGAGAUGAACAAUUACCGGCGGGCCAUGCAGAAGAUGGCAGAGGACAUCCUAGCACUGAGGAAGCAGGCCAACAUCCUGGAGGAGGAGAACCGCAUGCUGAGGAGCCAGCUGACACAGCAGAGCAUAGAAGAAGAGCAGAGCAGAGCUGAGGAGGAGAACCUGGCCGAGUCCAUGAAGCAGAACCUACUGCUGAGUGAACUGGAUAUGAAGAGGCUGCGAGACAGGGUGCAGCAUCUGCAGAACGAGCUGAUUCGGAAGAAUGAUCGCGAGAAGGAGUUGCUGCUUCUGUGCCAGGCCCAGCAGCCACAGGCUGCACAGAUAAGGAGGUACCAGGACAAGCUGCAGAAGAUGAAGGCCCUGGAGGACACUGUGAGGCACCAGGAAAAGGUGAUUGAGAAGAUGGAGCAGAUAUUGGAAGAAAGGCUCCGGGAGAGGAAGGAGCCAGCCCCAUCAAACAGGCCACAGGAGAAGCCUAAUGUGGCCUUCCCCGUGUUCACAGCCUCUGGCAUUCACCUGGGCCCCACAGGAGAGAACGUGGCUGUUGAUCUUUACUCCAUGCUGCUGGCAGAAAACACGAGGCUGCGGGCAGAGCUGGAAAAGAACCGCCAGCAGUCAGCCCCCAUCAUCCUGCAGCAGCAGGCCCUGCCGGUGGAUCCCAGGGAGUUGGGAGCAGGUGGAGACUUGGCAGAGAAUCUACAAGACACAAAUGGCCCAGGACACUCCAGGUGCAUAGAGACCCUGCCAGCACAGGAUCUCCUUGGAGGUACUUCAGACAAGUUUAACCUCCUGGCCAAGCUAGAACAAGCUCAAAGUCGGAUUUUGUCCCUGGAAAACCAGCUGGAGGACUCAGCUCGCCGCUGGGCACGAGAGAAGCAAAACUUGGCCAUACGGCUUCAGGAGCAACAACACGGCUUUGGAAACCUGCCAAACUCCAUCAUCACAGAUCAGCCUAAUGCUGGAGCGGCCACGGAUCUCCAGCAGCCCGCCAAACUGGAACCCUCACUGCCCUACUCAGACUUGAAGCCUAACAGACUCCCAAACUCCCAGACCGAGACCGCUAACCUCUAGGAGCCCUGAGCCUGGAACAGGCCUCCUUCCCCAUGUGCUGGGGAGUCACCCUCCCCCAAAGAUGUCUUUAA